GCUCCCUAAUUAGCUUCCUUAAGGAACGUCGUGAGUGGGUCCACCGAGGGACCCACGAGUAUCACCAGUCUUCUAAUCGUAUUUCUAUUAGUAAUGUUGUGGCGUGGAAACCUCGAUGGUAUGUCUACCCGGCCCCUCUUCCUCGCCUUCUGAUUCCGUUAGCGCAACGAUGCGGCGGAAGCUCACGACGUCGCUGCUAUCAAUCGGCGUCUUCGUCCUCCUCGCUGCCUCCUUCUCCUUCCAUGUCUCCCGCGACUUCCUCCCACCCGCCGCACUUAACCCCGCCACCCUGACGCAGCCCAUCGACCGCCUAAUGAACCAUGCCGUCCACGAGCUCCCCGCAUCCCUCCGCCGCCUCCAAUCCCCGCUUCCCAUGGAUUCCGUCCUCCUCCCUGACUGGGAGGUGCUUCUCCUCCUCCCUCUUAAUAGUUCCUCUGCCGCAGCCGGUGGCGCCAAGCUCUUUUGCCUCUUCCAUACGGGCGCCACCUCCCCAGCCCUCCCCGCCGGCCCUUCCUCCUUCCGCUGCUCCCUCCCGAAUAGUGUUCGCCGCGUCCGUCCCUUCUACACCCCGCGCCUCUCCGGAGCCACCUCCGCGGCCGCUCCGUCUCGCGGCCAGGAGGACCCACCGCGAGAGAUGAUCCGUUGGUCAACACGGCUCACCUACGAGUCGCUCUCCACAGCCCACGACGUCAUCGUGUUCGCCAAGAGCGUCAACCACCGGCAGGGAAUCGGCCGCCCCGCCGCGGGCCUCCGCUGCGUCUUCUCCCCCGUCUCUGGAGGAGGUCCCGUUGCCUGGACCAUCGCCACUUCCUCCGCCCAGGAGGUCUUCCGCUGCCCCCACCCACCCGCCGCCGACUUGUCAAGUGCCGUGCCUAUGCGGGUGUCCCUCGCGACCGAACCCGAGGCGGCGCCGAUCCCGACUGUGGCCAGCUACCGCACGCCACGCGUCCAAGAGACCGACAGCAAGGCAUUGCCGGGCCGCGCACGAGUCUGCGCCUGCACGAUGGUCUACAACGUCGCCAAGUUCCUCCCGGAGUGGGUGGCGUACCACGCCGGUGUCGGCGUCGGGCGCUUCUUCCUGUACGACAACGGGAGCGUGGACGAGUUGGACGCGGCGGUGAGUCGACUCGGCUCAGAAGGGUUCAACGUGACCACUCGCUACUGGCCGUGGCCGAAGACGCAGGAGGCCGGGCUCUCCCACUGCGCGGCGGCAAACCGGGACGCCUGCGAGUGGAUGGCGUUCCUCGACGUUGACGAGUUCGUCUUCUCCCCGGCCUGGGCUGACUCCGAUCGCCCCGACCGAUCCAUGAUGGGCUCGCUCCUGGCAGUCGAGCCGGAGGUGGGGCAGGUCUCCAUCCGAUGCCUGGAGUUCGGGCCAUCGGGCCACCGAGCCCACCCCCGCCUCGGGGUCACCCAGGGGUACACGUGCCGGCGGCGGAAGGAGCAGCGGCACAAGUCGGUGGUGCGGCUCGACGCGGUCGCCCACUCGCUGGUCAACUCGGUCCACCACUUCAGGCUGAGGGAGGGGUUCAGGACGCGGUGGGCGGCGGCAGGGCAGGCCCGGGUGAACCACUACAAGUACCAAGCGUGGGACGAGUUCAAGGCCAAGUUCCGCCGGCGGGUGUCGACCUACGUCGCCGACUGGAAGGAGACGACCAACCUGGGGUCGAGGGAUCGGGCGCCCGGCCUUGGGUCGGAGCCGAUCGAGCCCAGGGGUUGGGCCGGGAUGUUCUGCGAUGUGAACGACACCCUCGUCAGAGAUGCGACUCACAAGUGGUUCAGCGCAGCGGGCCCCGGUGGGGCACACCGAAUGGUCUGGCAACACUAGAAUUUUGUUUUCUUUUAUAAAUAUGAUUUUUUUAAUUCGUUCUGUGUUUUUCUUUUAAAUUCAUAUAGUUUAUAUGGACAUUGGAUACUCAAACCUAUAUGUAUAUGUGGCCGGUGA